AUGGCAGCCGCAUCGAGUGCCUGGUCUGCGAUUCGUCGCUUCUCCGUAAAGAAUGGAAAAAGAAAGCCACAAGCCCAUGGCGCGGAUGGAAGGCUAGCUCUGGCAUCCAAUGCGGAAGAGACGGCGGACCAGACGGCUUGCGUGCCUGAGCUGCAGACAGUGUUGCUUCUACACCAGCCAAGACAGCCCUACACAGUCACCCCUGACUACCCAGUUCCUGAGCUGAGAGGUGAUGAUGAGGUGCUCAUCAAGGUUCAUACUAUUGGCUUGAAUCCACUUGAUUGGAAGGCACCGGACUUUAAUUUUGCCAUUCCAGAACUGCCGUACAUAUCAGGCAGGGAGUUCAGUGGGUCUAUUGCAAAGGUUCAGGGUACGGCCAGUAGAUGGCGCGAAGGUGACAAGGCAAGUAGUCACCCGACCCCGACUGUCAUCGCUAUAUCGACAGACUAUCGCGAUAGGCGGAAAGCCGCAUACCAAGAGUAUGCCAUUGCUUUGGACUACAAUGUUGUCAAGAUCCCGUCCAGAAUAUCGACGGAGCAGGGUGCCACCAUAGGCGUCGCAUACGUCGCCGCGGUGCUGGCCCUGGGCGUGUCGCUAGGCGUCGACUUUAGUUCUGUCGCCGGUGGCCCAAACCUAUUCCAGCUGGUGAGGGCGGAAGGCUCUCGUAAUCUUCCAGAGGAUGUCCGAGCCGAGUGCCUCGACGGAGUUCAAAGCCACGAGAGGGCAGUCGCCGGGGACUGGGUGGCUGUGUGGGGUGGCUCAUCAACGUCGGCAAACUUGCUGGUGCAGCUGGCGAAGCUUGCCGGGUUGCGCGUGGCCGUCGUAGUGGACAAGGCAAAACACGGCCUCCGGCUCUCUCAGCACCCGGUACUCCGCCCCGACUUACUUAUCGACAGCCACGACCCAGAUAGAGCCGUCGAGAUCCUACGCCGGAACACGGCGGGACGCCUGCGGUUCGGCAUCGACACCAGGGACAAAGCGUCGGCGGCGAGUCUGCUCCAGGCGCUCACUCCGGGGCACAAGUCGGACGUCGACGGUGGCGGUGGUACCAAGUAUAGCAGCAGCAGCUCUGUGGAGCCUCUUUCCCCGCCACACACUCCCGGGGACUCGGCGCUGCUCUCGGCCCACCUGGUCGGUCUGGCCGGUCUGCCCAAGCAGGAUCCUCCCGAGGCGACUCUCUUUCAUAUGGUCCCCAUCAAGCUCUUCCACGAGGUGCGGACCAUUGGUUUUGCGUUGACGUCAUGGCUCGAGCGGCUUUUGGAGCAACGGUUGGUUGUGCCACCUGAGAUUAUCGAUGUCGAGAGCGGCUUGGAUAACGUGAACACGGGUCUAGACCGAAUGAGGAGGGGUGAGAUUAGUGGAGGAAAGCUGGUUGUGAAUGUGAACAAGGUAAUCACCUGA